GCAAACCCAUGUUGAACUGCCCGGAACCUAUGCAGCUGGCUUCGUUUCCCAACGAAAGAAUUUGAGAGCUGUACUUCAGCGUUACCAUCUGAUUUUGUUUCCGUUUUGUGGAUUCUAUCUGGAAAGCAAUUAGCUAAUCCUUCUUGAAAACCAAAUUAAUCGCACAAUUUGACCACAGUGUGCAACAUGUCAGAAUCUGGCCACAGUCAACCUGGCAUGUACGGACAGGGAAGGAGGAGAAGGCGACGCCGAGACAGGGAUGUGGGUCCCCCGGGGCAAAACCUCUCUGGUCCCAGUCGAGAUCGGGAAUAUGUCCCCAGAGAACGCAGGGAUGGCAGUGAGGAGCCACCAGGACCACUCCUUCAGAAGACCCCCAUCAUCCUGGCCAAACCCCCUGGAGAACGGUCCAAGCCUUCCCAGAGUGUACCCACCAGUGGAGGCCAGGCCCUGGAGAAGCCCAUCAUGCUCAUCAAGUCCAGGGAGGACGGGGGGAAACCAGGGACCCCUCCUGAGGUGGCUUCUCCGGCCUCUGGCUCUGGGGCCUCAAAGCUAGAGAGGGAGGGCCAGCGCCCUACCCAACCUGUCUACCAGAUCCAAAACAGAGGCAUGGGAGCAGCUGCUUCCAGCGGUGCUGUCGACCCUGUGAUUGGCCAGACCAAGCUCGUCCCACCUGAGAAGAUGAAGCACAGCAUCAAGCUGGUGGACGAUCAGAUGAACUGGUGUGACAGCGCCAUGGAGUACCUAAGGGACCAGACAGACAUGUUGGUAGUGGGAGUCAUUGGCCUGCAGGGAACAGGGAAAUCCACCAUCAUGUCUCUCCUGUCUGCCAACGCACCUGAAGAAGACCAAAGGGGCUAUGUGUUCAGGGCUCAGACUCAGGAGAUCAAAGAGAGAGGAGGGAACCAGAGCACUGGUAUUGACUUCUACAUUACCCAGGAAAGAGUCAUCUUCUUGGACACACAGCCCAUUCUCAGCCCCUCCAUUUUGGAUCACCUCAUCAACAACGACCGCAAGCUGCCUCCAGAGUACAACCUCCCUCACACCUAUGUGGAGAUGCAAUCUCUUCAGAUCACUGCCUUCCUGUUCACAGUGUGCCAUGUGGUCAUUGUGAUUCAAGACUGGUUCACUGACAUCAACCUCUACAGGUUCCUCCAGACAGCAGAGAUGUUGAAGCCCUCCACCCCCUCAGCCAGCCAUGACAGCACUGGUUCUUCUGGCAACGAAGAAGGAUCAGAGUACUACCCUCACAUAGUGUUCCUGCAGAACAAGUCUAGUCGUGAUGAGUUCUGUCCCAGAAACCUGAAGAAGAUGCAUAUGGCAGUGGACAAGCUAAUGGCCCACUCCCAUCUGAAAUACAAAGGCAUUUUGUCCAUGCUGGACUGUAAUAUUUUCCCUGGCCUGGACCGCGACUACCUGGAAACAGAGGUCAACAUGUUCCUGCUGCCCCUCAUGGAGAAUGAGGGGGAGGACGCUCUAACCAAAGCAGGGUCUGGGUCCGCCCCUCUCUUCUCUCUCCUCCCGGGCUACAGAGGACACCCUACCUUCUCCUCUCAGGUCUCCAAGCUCCGCAACCAAAUCCUGGCCAUGUCCCGCUGUCAGCUGUCACACACCAUCCUCACAGAGAAGAACUGGUUUCACUAUGCAGCUCGCAUCUGGGACGGGGUGAAGAAGUCCUCAGCCCUGUCUGAAUACAGCCGUCUACAGGCCUAGCAACAAUGUCAACCUGUUGUUGUGAAUAUACUGGAGAAAAUGGAUGUCCCUGUCCUACAUCAGGACCAGAAGAGACAGAGAGAGAGGUGGGUCUGGAGAUGGACAGUGCCAGUACUAUUGGGCUCACAGGUUCAGUCAGUGGUGAUAUGAGGUGCUUGAUGUUGAGGAGAGGUCCAUCUCAUCUCAUGGAGUUACAGAUAGUUCAACUUUGGUGUCUUUGUAACAGAGGGAGAAAAGGGGACAGCUGAUAAGAUUCAGGUGUCAAUGUGACUGUAAAUAACCCUGCUUAGUGUUAGAAGAUUCAGAUGGUACAGAAAAUGACUGACUUUGAAAGAUACAUUCUGACAAACAUGAUGCAAAUGGUGAAAGUAAUAUUUACUUGAAGCAUACAGCGGUGCUUCAUUUUUAUUUCAAAAUGUGUGAUUGUCUAAAGUAUUUGUUACCUGUUCACCUGAAAUGUUGUGAUUUGUUUAUUAUGUAAAGAUGGAGCUGAGAUUCAGGACUAGACACUUCUGCAACUUGACAAUAAUUUAUAAAAAAUAUGAUGUAAUCAUUAACAUUAAACCGAUAUCCUCUGUUA